CUCAAAUUUGUGUGGCGUUCAUUUCAAAUUUAUUCUCAGUGUAAAUCAAAUUUCUAUGAAUAAAAAUUAAAUUUGUCCAGCAAAAAUGGAGGACAAUACGUACGCGCAGUUUAUGGAAAAGAGUCUCAAAAAAGAGUUUGAGCAAAAUGGCACCUACGCCGAGCUGCGCAGCGCGCUGCAUGUAAAGGUGUUGCAGCUGCUGCGCGGUCAGCUGAAGCUCGACAAGGAUGCAACACUUUGUGGUGGCAAUGUGGAGCAGCGUGGGCUGCUGCGACAGCUGAACGAGCUGAUUGUGGACUACUUUGAGUGGUAUGGCUUUAAGCACACGCUAGAGACCUUCGCUAUGGAAACGGGCAGCGCGAUCAGUGUGCAGCCGCGCGAGAAGUUGAGGCAGCAGCUUAAGCUGCAAGUCGGCCAAAAGCAGCUGGACUUGCCAGUGCUUUUGCAGUUACUGCGCCAGCAGCAGCAGCAGUCGACUGCAAAGGCGGACAGCAAGUUGCCCAAGAAGAGAACACAAGCUGUGGCCUUGAAGUUGGAAAAGAAAGCAAGCAAACUAAUAUCGCGUCCCGCAGCUCAAAAGCGCAUAACACUCAAGCCCAGAGUGCAGGUGUGUCAACAGUUGGCAAGCGCAGUUAAGCCCACAGCAAAUACGGUUAUCAGCAAGAAGCCAGCCACAGAGCAAAGAAAAUUAGCUGUUAAGCCCAGAAAGGCAACAAAUACUUUGCCGAAGUCGCAGCCGAAGACUGCAUCAGAGCCCACAGAUGAAGAUGGCAGCUGCUCUACAGUAGAUUCGGAAUACAACAGCGACGCCUUUAUAGAUAUACCCGAACGCUAUUACUAUCGCGAGGAGGAGCCACCUGAGCAGGCCUAUGCAGCUAAUCAUGGCGAGGAGGGUCAAUGUCCGUCCGCGGAACGUUUCAAGCCCAUGCCCAAGUACAAGCCACUGCAAAUAUAUGAAAAAGAAACCAAGCCCAAGAUUAAGCCAACGUCCAGUGCUAGUGCCAGCAUCAGCGUCAAGGAACGCUUUCUGAAGCGAGGCAAGCGAGGUCUAUUCCAAUCCCAGCGUAUUGUAGAUCAAUCUGAAGAUGAGAAGGUAAUGCCUGUUAGCAAGCCCAAGUGUCCAGAGACCAUCAUCAGCACCAUCAAGCUGGAGAGUGACGAGGAAAGCUUUUACGACAGCGAUAAUUAUCUUUAGACUGUGCAUAGCGUUUUAUUUUUGUAACAGUUGGUGAAACAGUUUUAAAUAUAAAGACUUUGUAUAUAAGA